GCUUUCGCUACGCUUGACGGGUGUGUAAGUUUUCUAUUGCAUGGCUGUAAAUGCCCCGAUGCGUAAGAAUCCUGCCAUGCUUUUGGCGCUUUCAGCUGGCGUACGCAGUGAGUCUUGUUGUCCUCGGCACUCUGUCAGCUCUCCUCGGUUCUGUAUCAACAUAUGUGUGACUAUCUUACAUCUAUAUAAUCCGUCCUAUAUCCUCCCAGCACAACUAUAUUACUAUCCAUAACGAACAACAAGUACAACAACAAGAACUACAACACUCAAUUUCAACAGAAAUACCACUCCCAACACCCUCUCCUACUUCUACAACACACACACACACACUCGCUCUCUCCCUCUACCAGUCAGCUUAACGCAAUGGCUACCAAAAUCUCUACCACCACUGCUCCUCCUCCUCCCCAGGCCGUCCCGGAGACUCAACAUGCGGAAGAAUCCCCCGAGGACGAGCUCACCAUCACCCCCGUCCACAAAUACUUCUACUUCAUGGUGGAGCUGAGUAUCGUCCGCACACUGGUAGAGCGUGGUGUUCUCGAUGCCAUUCCCUUGGAAGGCCAGGUUUCUAUCGAAGAGCUCGCUGAAAAGACUAACUCCGAACUCGCCCUUCUCCAGCGCUUCAUCAAGUUCCUUGUCACUGCUGAGGUCCUCACCAGCCCUGCUCCCGGCCACGUUGGUCACACCUUCAAGUCCACCGUGUUUGUCCACCCCAAGGCCAAGAUGUUCCUGAUGCAUCUGUUUGAUCACUUCAUGGGCCCCGCCACCCGCUGGUCCGAGUACUUUGACGACAACGGCUUCAAGGAGCCACAGUCCUCGCAGCGCACACCCCUCGGCCUUUUCACAGGCUACCCCGACAAGUCGCUCUACGAAAUCAUGCCUCUUCUGCCCGGAAAGAAGGUUGCUGUCUUCAAUGCCACCAUGGCUGAGAACAUUGACGAGAUGCCCAUUCUUGGCUACUACGACUUCAGCUGGAUCGGCAAGCACGAAAGUAUCAAGGCCGAUCCUUCGCGCACCGUCUUUGUCGAUGUUGGAGGCGGCAAGGGCCAGGCUCUGCGUGCAGUGCUAGAGGAGAACCCCGAUAUUCCCCGUGGUCGAUGCGUCCUUCAGGAUCAGGCCAGAGCGAUUAACGAGUCCAUUGCUGAGGACCAUGAGACUAUGCGCAGCGUCACCAAGGUUGUGUCGAGCUUUUUCGAGCCCCAGUUGAUCAAGGGUAUGUAUUCGUUUCUUUUUUUUCAUCGUCUUGGAGUGUAAAAUACUGACAGCUUUCUUUUUUCUAGGCGCCCUUGUAUACCAGAUCCGCAGAGUCCUCAAUGACUGGUCUGACAAUGAUGCCCUCGUCAUCCUGAAGCAUGUUGCCGAUGCUUGUGCUCCCGACUCUACAGUCAUCAUCUCAGAGCAGCUGCUCCCUGAUAACCCUACCAUGGAGUUGGUUGCCAUGGAUAUCUGGAUGAUGAACCUUGGUGGCAAGCGCAGAACACGAGCCAUGUUUGAGGAGAUGGCGGCCAAGGCCGGACUCAAGGUUACCAGCGUCUCAACCGACAAGCGCAGCGGCCAGUCCAUGGUGGAGAUGGUUCCUAUUUAAACAAGGUAUACGGGCGUUUUAUGGAAUGUUUAACAGUAUAUGUAUAUAGUCUUUUUCGUAAUUUUCCUUUUGUUUGGGUAGCUUUCCACUAGAUCAAUUUAAAAAUCUCACAUCAAACAAGUCCUAUUGUAUGUAACAAAUGUAUAGCAAGAUAGGAUGAAAGUUUAGAGGUUCUUCUCCAGUGCCCUCACUAUAUCGCUUGGUCUCAAG